AUGGGUAGUGUGUGGGUGAUGCUGUGGUUUUAUUCUAGUGUCAAUGCUAAAUUAUUAGGCUCACAAGCUACUUGUAGCACAAACGACUAUGCUUGUCAAGAUGGCACGUGUAUAUCUUUAUCUUGGCGAUGUGAUGGCGAGUACGACUGCCUCGAUAACUCAGAUGAAAUGAACUGCACGUGCACUAACAGCCAGUUUAAGUGUCCGAAUGGUCUCUGUAUUUCUAAGAAUUGGCUAUGUGAUGGUGAUGAUGACUGUUCUGACAAUUCAGAUGAAAAGUGUACUGUGGCACCUCCCACCCAAUCUCACAGAUGCCAGGCACAUGAAUUUCGAUGUGACAGUGGACAGUGUAUACCAACUGACUGGCUGUGUGACACACAUGAUGAUUGUGGAGAUAGUUCUGAUGAGAGAUCUGGCGAUUGUUCUGGGCGUACUUGCUCGGCAAAUCAGUUUACAUGUGACAGUGGGCAGUGUGUAUUUCAUACUUGGAAAUGUGAUGACGAACAGGACUGUGAAGAUAACAGUGAUGAGAGUGGCUGUUUAGAUCCCGUUUCUACACCAUCGCCACGAUGCCCUGGUCAAUUUGACUGUGCUGAUCACAAACUGUGUAUAACAUUGAAGUGGAAAUGUGAUGCUGAACCAGAUUGUUACGACUCUUCUGAUGAACUUAAUUGCACUACCUGUGGUGGUGAUGGCUAUUUAUGUUCUGACAAGAAAUGUAUUGGUACAUACCAGAAGUGUGAUGGCAUUAUGGAUUGCACUGGAGGAGACGAUGAACAGGGCUGUGCGACACUUGCACCUACACAACUUGUAUGCAAGAGUUUGGAGAGGAAAUGUGAUAACAAGUGUAUUGCUAAGAGUAAAUGGUGCGAUGGUACGCCAGACUGUAAUGAUAACAGUGAUGAAGCUGGUUGUGUGAACCAGUGCACUGAAGGUUCUCAUAGUUGCUCUCGAUAUGAAACUUGCAUUAACGAAGGAAGUGGAUUUAGGUGUGACUGCAGAUUGGGAUUUGAACGAGAUAGUGUAACAGGGUUGUGCAGAGCAAAUUUAGCAGCAACUUACUGUUUGCAUAUGACAUCAAUUUGCUGUAUGAGUGCAAGCUUGGAAGUUGUUCAAGUGAAUGACUCUCACUUGCUGAAGAAAGACAUAAGUGAACCAGCUUGCAGACCGAUGCAUAGACAUGGCAAUGUUAAUCAGUGUAAGAUAUCUGGUGUGUGCGACCAUAUCUGUACUGACACGGAGACGGGCUUCAAGUGUCACUGCUACCCUGACUUUGAACUUGAUGGCAUAUCGGCAUGCAAACUAACUGGGCCUGAUCCUUAUCUUGCCUACAUAUACAAUGGUGUUAUUCACAGCAUGAGCUUUACAGCAGAAAACAGAAAGGUUCUUGUGCCUUCAUUGCAAAGUCCUCUGGCAUUGGAUUACAAUUAUGCUGAACAGAAACUCUACUAUUCUGAUAAUUUCUUGCAUAAGAUUUUUGUUGCAAAUUUGGAUGGCAGUGGGACACCAACAGUUUUGGUGGAAGGUGACGGCAUGGAUUCACCUGAUGGACUAGCUUAUGACUGGAUCAAUCGCGUUUUGUAUUGGACUGAUGGACACAAAGAAACAGUCGAAGCUUACAAUUUCAGGACAAGACAACGAUGGGUUCUCUUCAAUACAAGUUUGGAUGAACCAAGGGCAAUUAUUGUUGAUCCAUUAGAUGGGGUUGGGUAUAUUUAUUUUACUGAUUGGGGUUCUUCUGCUAAGAUAGAGAAGGCAACAGUCGAUGGUGAUGAUCGAACUGCUCUUGUCACUGAAACUGUGGGUUGGCCAAAUGGCCUGACUCUAGACAUAUAUCGACGUCAUCUCUAUUGGAUUGAUGCUAAGCUCAAGCAUAUAACGCGAAUGAAUACAGACGGUAGCAAUACUGUUACUAUAAGAUUGUUGUCAACAUUUCAUCCUUACUCGUUGACUUCGUUUGACCAAGAACUUUUUUGGUCGGAUUGGGACCAACAUGGCAUUAUGAAGAAAGGAAUUCAUGAUCAUUCUCCUAGUUUUGUGAGAAACAAUCUGUUGACAAGUUCUCCUCGUGGUGUUAAAGUUGUUCAUCCUCAUCGACAACCCACCCUGGCAGAUCUCUCACCAUGCAAGGUUGAUAACGGAGGGUGCAGUCACACGUGUACGGAGAAGAAUUUUCAGGCUGAGUGUAGCUGUCCAGAAGGGUUUCUGCGGUCUCCAGAUAAGAAAGCUUGUCUCACGUCUGGUGCUACAGCAUGUCCCAUUGAUUAUGAUUACUGUUACAAUGGUGGAACUUGUAUUUUUGGCAAACCUUUGUCGUGCAUGUGCAAUGAGCAAUAUAAUGGACCUCGCUGUGGGAAUCCAGUUUCUCUACCUUGUGAAAUCAACAACGGCGGCUGUGACCAAAUUUGUUAUAAUGGACAUUCUAAUGUUGCUAUCUGCAGCUGUCGUAAUGGCUACAACCUUUUGUCUGAUUUGAAAACCUGUUUACUGUCAACCAUUCAAUGCCCCGAGUACUGUCUCCAUGGACAGUGCUCUCAGGAUGUCAGAGGACCUCAGUGCAAAUGUAAUGUCAGUUACACUGGCUUAAGAUGUGAUGUUCUCAAACCACAAACACCCAGUCUCAGCACCAGUUCUGUGCCCACUUUGAUGCCUCAUGGUGUUAGCACUGGCAGUGAUGGCAAGACAGUGGGUAUUGCUGUUGGUGCUGUAGUCGGUGUGGUGGUGAUUGUAGCUAUCAUUGUUGUCAUCUUGCUGCUUCUAAAGAGAAGAAAGUCAUACAAGGAAGAGGUGCACUUUGACAAUCCGGUGUACACUAAUAACGCCGAAGAGGUGACGUUUUCCAAAUGUGAUGUGACAAGAGGACAACAACUCAGCAUAUGCAGCUGAUGAAAAGUCUCAAAAGGCGACCGCAGCUGAAGAAAAGCCUAGUGGGACUGCCAUAUAAUGUGUCAGUGAUAGGGUGUAUUGUAUCCGCUAUAAUUAUUGUUCAGGAUAUAUAGAGAUGUACACAUAUGUAUGUGUAGAUACGGUGUAAUAAACACUCAGUUGAUCAUU